GGACAAGUCGCCAGGUCAUCACAGGGCUGACACAUAGACAACCAUUCACACUCACGGUCAAUUUAGAGUCACCAGUUAACCUAACCUGCAUGUCUUUGGGGGAAACCGGAGCACCCGGAGGAAACCCAUGCGGACAACAUGCAAACUCCGCACAGAAAGGCCCUCGCCGACCCCGGGGCUCGAACCCAGGACCUUCUUGCUGUGAGGCGACAGCGCUAACCACUACACCACCGUGCCACCCCUGAGGGACGCUGGAAUAUUCAGAGACCCUCUCGGACAUGUCCUAUGUCUUCAUCAAUGACACAUCGCAGACGAGCGUACCAUUACUGCAGGCGUGCAUUGAUGGAGACCUAGCAUUCGCCAGGCGGCUCCUGGAGACAGGCUGUGAUCCUAACAUCCGUGACAACCGGGGUCGCACCGGCCUCCACCUAGCAGCAGCACGAGGCAAUGUGGAGAUCUGUCGCUUCCUGCACAAGUUUGGAGCAGAUCUGCUUGCCACCGAUUAUCAAGGAAACACGGCACUGCAUCUGUGUGGACAUGUUGACACCAUUCAGUUCCUUGUCUCCAAUGGCCUCAAAAUCGACAUCUGUAAUCAUAAUGGCUCGACUCCUCUGGUGCUGGCCAAGCGGCGAGGCGUGAAUAAAGAUGCCAUUCGGCUGCUGGAGGGUCUGGAGGAGCAGGAGGUGAAGGGCUUCAACAGAGGCACUCAUUCCAAACUAGAAACCAUGCAGAUGGCCGAGAGUGAGAGUGCAAUGGAGAGCCACUCACUACUUAACCCCAACCUGCAGAACAGUGAGGGUGUACUGUCCAGUUUUCGCUCCACCUGGCAGGAGUUUGUGGAGGAUCUGGGUUUCUGGAGGGUUCUCCUGCUGUUAGUAAUCAUCGCCCUGCUCUCUCUCGGCAUUGCUUACUACGUGAGUGGGGUCCUGCCCUUCUCUGCCAGCCAGCUGGAGCUGGUCCACUGAAAACCGCAAAUGCACUCUGGUUUCAAAUCUAGUCUUAGAUACAGCAAAGCUGUGUUUUAUACAAUUUUAAUAAUUUUCUUCAUACGAAUUAGCUCUUAAGUUACUCUUCUCUGGCUAAUGCUGUGUGGAACUAAAAUUAAGGCACGCAUAGCUGAACAGGCUGCUGUUUUUCAGAAAGCCUUAAAACAUUACGUAUUUAAAGCAUGUGGGAGAACGUCUUUGAGCCAGGAAUUGUUUUAAAUCAUGGUGUGUUGUGAGCAGUGUUUAAAAAUCUUACAAAAUGAAGCCCUACUUUGAAUGAAUGUACACUUUGAAUUCUUUAUAUGUGUUCUUCUAAACUCAUGACAAGCUUUAGGAGAAUACAUUUGACUUUGUUUUCUGGAGUACAGAAGAAGCCGUUCCUCACCAGAAUCAGCCAAGUUAUAUAACGAGGCAGGAGAUGUUGUGUAAAUUUAAUAUUUUAAUUCAUAGUGUAAUUUCUUUCAUUCUCACGCACGCAUGUUGUAAAACGAUGUUAAUUCUCUCUCUAGUUUGUCUUUCAAGUCAUGCGUGCUGUAUUACUUUAUAUAAUGUUUUGACAGUUGAGACAGUACAAAUGUUUUUCACUAAUAAUCUUGUCGUUAGCUUGGACAUGAUACCUUUAACGGGCUUGGCCACGUUCUGUUUUGUCAGUAUGUUGUGAUUGUUAUAUGAAACUGUUACCAAAAAGAGUGUAAACUCUUAUUCCUUCCUCAUUCAGCUUUCUUGCCCAGGUGUAAAAUGGGGAACACCAGUGGUCUGUGGAAAAAAAAAAAAAAAAGGGCAAGGGAAAUUCUAAUAAUUGGUAUUUUAUGGAUUAUGGGCACUUAAGAUUACAGGUGGCUCUUUUUAAAAUGGUUGUAAAUUAGUGCAGCAUGUGUUUUAAGAGGCUGUCCUUUCCAUUGUGUCUGUGCAAGUGUCUCAUUUCCACGUCUCAUGUUUGAAACGUCCAGAUGGUUGGAAAAGACUAAGGCUGUGUCAGUUUUCAGCAAUGCUUACCACAAAACCUAUUAUUUUAAGAACACAAAACCAAAUGUUGCAUCUUUUCAAUAUAGUGAUGAUGAUUACUGUAUUGCUACAGCAGCAGGUUUAAACUGAUCAGUGUUUAAAUGAAGGCUCUUUACAGUUAUUUUGGAAGUUGCUUAUUUACUUAUCCUUUGGAUAUUUUGUAAAUAUUUCAAAUGUGUUUUAACAGCACUCACUGUUAUUUACUGUUGGAAGCUUUUUGUUUCCCUGAUGAUGAACUAUUAAAUUACAUAUAAUAUGGA